GUUUCGUGUUCAAUUGAUUUUGUUCUUUCGCGGUGUCAAGUACCUUUCCUCCAUUGUAGUAAAUUUCAUAGCAAAGUGUCUCAGUUUUUCAAGUGAUUUUUUUCUUAUCAAGAUAAACUCCGAAGUUUGAAACAAAAAGAUAUCCAAGUGCUGCAAUGGCUUAUCGCAACAACAACCGUCGUAACGGAGGUGGUGGUGGCGGUGGUGGCAAUUUCGGCAACAACUACGGUGCUGGCCGAAUCAAUCCUUGGGACACGGGUGUGGGCGGGGGCCGUGCUAAUAAUGACGCCCUCACGUUAGCAAACAGUCUGAUUAAUAAUUUACUCCGCAAUCAAAACUCCAAUCAGGUUCCGCCGUCGCUCCUGGACGGCGUUCAAUCGUCCCGAUUCGACGAUAUGAACGGAUUCAACUUCAUACGGAAUCGGUACGGCAAAAACCGUAAUAGUAACGGCCCCUAUAAAGGUGGCAUUCGUAAACCGGAUGCAUUCACCCGUUCCAAGAAUGUUCUGGCCAAAAAUUCCCAUAAUAAAAACAAAGAUAAAGAUGCUAAAGAUUCGAGCAAGAAAGAGAGCAACAAGCAGGGAGCAAACAAAAAGGGCGGCAACUCAAGCAAUGCCAGCAGCAGCAAGCAGCAGCAGACCAAAUCAUCGCCGUACGCUGAUGUCUCGAAUGAGUACUUGUACUGUCACAUGUGUGACAAGCACAUGUACGAUGCAACUUCGUUCGAGAAUCACAUUACCGGUCGUACCCAUCGGGUCAUGAAGGAGAGCAUCGAGGAGAGCUAUCGUAUGCGCGCGACAUUGCUGCGCCAGGAAGCGCGGAUCGCGGAACAGUUGAAGACGAUCGAAAUUGACCGGCUCAAGCGCAUGGGUAAGGCCAAGAAUUACUCCAAGAUGCGUGAGUACUGCCCGAUGUGCGAGCUCUUCUUCUACGGGCACAUCAUCGCACAUCGGCGCUCCGAGAAACAUUUGGAUCUGAAAAAAUUCUUGCAUCCCAAGUGCGAUGACUGCGAGCUUGAGUUCCAUAACCGCACUGAACACGAUGACCAUCUGCUGUCUGUAGUUCAUAUGAAGAAUUGCAAGACUAAACCAAGCCGACUUGACAUCGAGAAAAAAGCAAAACAAUUGGUCAUCUCCACUGCUAAUGAUGAAUUGCUAGACAUUCGUGAAGAAACGGCCCCGAAAAGUAAGAAGAAGGAUAAAGAUGCUGCCUCUUCGGCAGCGAAAAAAACUGAACAAAAACCCUCGACAUCCGGUGCCGCAUCUGGCGAGAACGGUGAAGCUGUCAAGCCAGACUCGGAAUCGGCUCUCGAAAAAUCGACCACAGAAGAAGGAGCAGCGGCUGAAGAAUCCAAAAUGGAAGAAGACGUCCCGGAGGACGAAGUCGCCAAGGACGAAGAAAGCGCCGAUUGCAUCUUGGACUACAAACCGGGUGAUGAGAUCGCUCCGGAGAUCGAUAACAAACUACCACGGUACAAUAAGAAUCGUGCGCUUGGUAUUAGCCUAAUCGGUAAACUCGAAUGUCACGAGUGCCGCAUUUGUCACAAGUAUUUCGAUACAGAGGCUACAGGUGAAAUCCAUGCCCGCACGCAUUCGCAUUACCGCGCGUUCAUUCGCUUCUUGAAUGAAAAAGCCAUGGAGGUGCGUAUCUCGCAGAAGCGUGCAGCCGUCGCUCUGGAAGAGGCUGAAGCCGCCAAGAAGCAAAAGUUGGCUAAUGAAGAGAAAAAAACCGACGAGAACGGAGACGCCGAGAAGAAGGAUUCCGAGCUGUACGACCCGUCUGAGGCCACAGGUGAAGAAUCUGGCGACGCCAGCAUGGCUGACGACAGCAAGAGUGAGGACGCUAACGGGCUCAGCGAAUCGCAGCUGGAGCCAAUGGAGACGGAGAACGCUGAAGCGAACAAGGGCGAAGCGACCGCUUCUGCGGAUGAUAAGUCCACCGCUUCUUCCGCUGAGGCCGCCAGCAAGACUGACGAUUCCUCUAAGGAGGAACCUAAGCCCGAGAAGGAGCAGGAGCAGCAGAAGACUCCCGCCAAGAAUAGCCGACGUGGACGGGGCAACCGUUCCGGUCGCUAUGGUGGACGCUACUAAAAUAUGCAAAAAACUAAAACUUUAAACUCAGAUUCAUCCCCGAAUUUAAGCUUUUAAACUGAACCAACGUUUUUCGUGCAGAUUUAUCAGAGCUAUUCUGGAUUAUACACAAUGUGAGCAAAAUAUACUGCUAGUUAUAUUUUCAUACUAUCAACUUUUAAUAUUUCAUCAUACUAACAGUUGUAAUGCUGCAACGCAAAACCAAAAGUUUUUAUUGGUUUAGUUUAUUCCCUAAUUACUGAAACUGUUGAGUAAUUACGUUAAAUCAUAUCCCUUUAGUGUAUAUUUCUAAAUAUGAUGCAGCAUGACAUUUUUAUUUUAUACUUCAUUAAAUUAAAUAUGUUAUGUUUUGCUGUAACGCAAUAUGCAGAAGCAUGAAUAACUAUAGAAAACCAUGAAAAAGCGUUAAUCGAAAACGAUUUCUACAAAAGCAAACAAAAAAAAAGAAGAAGAUAAUCACCAACAUUCAAAGCAGAAAAACCAAUAUUUCUAGCAAAUGUGCACUCGGGUGCUUCUGAUUCUGUGUCGUCCAGGCUUUUCGUACUGACCUGCACCGACAGAUGCGCAAAAGUAAUCUGCCUUCGGGCAAUCAUUCAUUUGCGGAGCGAUUCUUUUCGUACUCGAUACUCCAGGAAGACGAGUGCACAUUUUCACGUAUCUAUUAGUAAUUUAUGGGUAUUUGUGUACGUUUAUGCUGUUCCGUCAGCUAGACACAACCAACAAUAUUUAAUGAAACUAAAGCAUAAUAUAUUCUCUCAAAUGUAAGCAAAAUAAAGCAACUUUAAAAUUAAUCAUUAAAUUCUCGGUAUCGUUAAGUAAUCUAACUAAAACUAUAAAACCAACAUUCAAAUGUAAUUGUAUUUCACCAGAAAAAAAUGUAGUAGCAUUGUUGUGAGGCAAAUUGUAAACCUCUGCAGAAUAAAAUAAUUGCUUCUCUUUGUGUAGUUACAGCAUAAAAACACAAUACUGUGCAUCAGAUUCAAUGAUUUUCUCUGAGCAAUCCAAACAGAGAAUUAAUUUUAUCACGUUGGACAAAAAAAGCACGAUCAGAUGAGCAAGAUUGUUAAUGUACCUACUAACUCACAAACAUACACACAAAGUUCAAGUUAUGCCAAUCUAGGAUGCAGCCGCAGCUAUCACGAUCGCUGAAGCGCUUUUCGAACCAGGUCUAUAAAAGUUACUGUAGCCGAAAAUGCCGCAAGCUGCGCAUUGUUUGUAGCAAUCCAAUUGUUGAGAUUCAGGAUGAAGUUUAGUAGCAUCAGUCGCCGGAAUAGCGAACACUCACUUGAAAAAUGUACGUGAUGAGAAAGUUGUAUUCCAAGAUAAAGUAUUCGUUGCACGCUAAAGUGAAAUAAACCGAUAUGAUGCGAUCGACACAAGCGCAGAUAGAAACAAAAAAACUGACAUUAAAUACAAGCAUACAGACAAAUACCCGAUGUAACUGAGCAUAAUUGUGAAACCGAGAAUAUUCUUCUAGUGAUUGACAAAAAUAAAACCAAGCAAAAAUCUGAGUUUAAAAACAAAUUGGCCUUAUUUUU